CGCGGGGCUGGCAAGUCCGCUCUGACCGUGAAGUUUCUGACCAGGAGGUUUAUCAGCGAAUAUGACCCCAAUUUGGAGGACACCUACAGCUCCGAAGAGACAGUGGACCACCAGCCUGUCCACCUGAGGGUUAUGGAUACUGCAGACCCGGUAACAGUACCCCCAUUACCCCUGGAGAGCUGAGAGUCCAUGCAGCCUCCUGGGAAGUCCUGGUCCCAGAGGGGAUGCCUCAGAUGGGAAUAUGUAAACUUUUUAAGCUCUAGUUUGCUGUGUGACCCUGAAUGAGGUGCUGACCUCUCCAUUCCGGAAUCUCUUCGUUUGCCAAGUGAGAAGGGAUGGGAUGGGGCCUGGGGAGACCUGAUGGUUGCUGGCAUCAACUCAGAGAUCCUCUCUUCUGGGACUUGAUGCUCACAUACACAUGGAGACAGGAUACCCCCAGGAACUGUGAGCGCUACCUGAACUGGGCCCACGCCUUCCUGGUGGUAUACAGCAUGGACAGCCGCCAGAGUUUUGAGGACAGCAGCAGCUACCUGGAGCUGCUUGCUUUGCACGCCAAGGAGACACAGCGCAGCUCCCCUGCCCUCUUGCUGGGCAACAAGCUGGACAUGGCCCAGUACAGGCAGGUCACCAAGGCAGAGGGUGCAGCCUUGGCUGGCAAGUUUGGGUGCCUGUUUUUCGAGGUCUCUGCCUGCCUAGACUUUGAGCAUGUGCAACAUGUCUUCCACGAGGCCGUGCGGGAGGCACGGCGGGAACUGGAGAAGAAUUCCCUGCCCCGGCCCCUCUUCAUCUCCGAGGAGAGGGCCCUGCCACACCAGGCUCCGCUCACUGCCCGGCAUGGGCUGGCCAGCUGUACCUUCAACACACUUUCCACUGUCAGUCUGAAGGAGAUACCUGCCGUGGCCCAGGCCAAGCUGGUCACUGUGAAGGCAUCCCGGGCCCAGAGCAAGCGCAAGGCACCUACCCUGACCCUGUUGAAGGGCUUCAAGAUCUUCUGAGGGCACCCCUAAGGAUCCCAGACUUAGGGGCUGUGCAGGGCUGCAGGAUAGGGGCUGACUUCUCACCGCUGGCUUUCCCUCUGAUGGAACAAUAGCCCUCGCCCUCUGGCGGACAGUUGAUCCCUCUUCCAGCACCAAGUAAUUUCCCUGACACCCAGUUUACUGUGUGAGCUGGAGGGACAGGCAGAAUGCUGCUCUUAGUCCCUCCAGGCCUCGGUUUCCAUGGUAACCACUGCCGUUCCCCCACCCUGAAGGGAAGUAGCCACAAGACAACACGGAGACCUGGGUCUGGCUGAAGUGGAAGGAAAUUGCAGUGUCCAUCAUGGUGCCAUCACCCCUUCCUGCUCCAGCAACAGCCAGGCCAGAUGUGGCCCCUAGUGGACAGCUCUGGAUGGAUGGUCACCACCAGUAGGCCCUGCGUACAAGGAGGCCGGAGAACAUUCUACAGGAGCAGAUUUGAAGUCCUGGCACCACCUAGUGGACGGAAAGGGCAGAGCGGCUACAGGUUUUGGGUGGCCUGAGCCUGGCCCUCCUGUUGUCUUCUGAUUUCACAGAAGCCCCAAGCACCAAACCCCACAGUUUAUCCACGUAAAAUCUAGUUUAAAUAAUCCUAUGGGACAGCCUGUGAGAAGCAAAAUUCCCAGGAAGGGCUGUUUCUGGUACUUUGCCUCUCAAUGAGGAUAGAAGGUUGGGGGCUCUAGGUUGCCUAGGGUAGUGAGCAUCCAGUGUUUUAGUCACCAGGAAGCAGACCCGCCUUGUUUUCCCAUCUUAAAUUAAGGAUUCUCUCCACGGACCCUCAGGACCAGCUUCCUGAAGCUUAAUGAUCGAAGCUGCAGAAAAAAGUCAUUCUCUCUAGUGACCAUCACACAGGAUCCAGAGAGCCUGUAACUGGCAGUGUCAGACAUCCGGUAGGCACUGUUAGCCUGUCCCAGGCUCGUAGGCAGAAACACAGUAGAGCAGUUUGUAGUCUGGUCCAGCAAGACCCAGUACCUUUGGCAAUGGGUCUGAAUGUUCAAAGUCCACUUUUGAAAGAUAGAACCUAAAGCAUUUUUGGCCACCAUAGCUUAUACCAUAACACUGUGGCUCAGAUGUGGGAUCAGGACAGCACUCUUGGGAUUUCAUUGUUAGCACAGGGAGCUCUAUAGUUUUCUAACUCUGUUUACCUCAGGGCCCCUAGCCCAAAGGAAAUCUCUCGUAGACCCUCAGCAGAUAAGCAGGUAAAGGAAAUGGUUCUGGUAGGAGGAAGGGUUGGCAAGGGGAUUCUGAGCCCAGAAUCCUGCUCUUGGCAAUUCCAGGAGCUUGGAUUAAGAACAACGGCUCUAGAGGUACCUGGGUGGUUCAGUCGGUUAAGCGUCGGCCUUCGGCUCAGGUUAUGAUCUCGCGGUUUGUGAGUUUGAGCCUCGUGCCAGGCUCUGUUCUGACAGCUUAGAGCCUGAAGCCAGCUUCGGAUUCUGUGUCUCUUCUCUCCCUGUCCCUUCCCUGCUUGUGCUCGUGCUCUUGCUCUCUCUCUCUCUCUCUCUCUCAGAAAAAAAAAAAAAAAUUUACAUAUAAAAAAAAAAGAAAGAACAACAGCUCUCAUCCAGCCUUCAGCCCCAUUAUGUAGAUGGAGAGGUUGAGGUCAGAGAGAGGCUAUGAACUCCUCAAAACCACACUAGAAGUCGUAGCCUGGCUUCCUGACCCACAGGCCGGCUAUGGAUUUUGCGAUUUUGCUCCAAGCCCCUUGUGUUGAACCACCCCCAUUGGAACCAACUGCAUUUCCAAAUGCCCACUUCAGAUGCAUUUUAAUAAAAAGGGAGGGUUUUUUUUCAUAACAAUAUUUUGAUUGCAGUUCAUUCACUGAAUCUGCUGACAACAUGGGGCAGUGCUCUGGACCCCUCUUAGCUCUCAGAUUCUUGUGGGUCUGGAAGGAGAACCAGUGGCACCUUUCUCCCUUUUAACUCAGUUUCCACCUGGGCCAAAUUUUGCUUUUCUGAGAGCAAAGUCUCUCUUAGCAUGUUCAGGUUGUUGUCCUCUCUGGCUCCGGCCUCAGCCAAGUCUUGGACUUCCAGAGUUGUUGUUUCCGGUUUGUUUUUCCUCAGUAUCUUUUGAUUUCUGGGAGGAGAGAACACGCUGUUGAAUCGGGGUUCCCUGAGCUGGGGGACUGAGGGGCUGGGGCAAGACUAGGUCUCGCAAGUGGACUAUCGAGGUGGAAAAUCCAGUGGGCAGUUCUGGGAACUGCUGGGGGAGAAAGCCAAGAUAGUGUGAUGUUCUUUUGGCAGAGAAACAGUUUAUACUCACCAGUGCAUCGUCUCCCCAGAUCCUCAUUGCCACCAUGAGCUCAACUAUUAUUGCUACAGGAUCCCCUUCAAGGUGACAUGUGGCUCAAAAAGGUCAAAAAGGCACAUACCUUAGACAUGCAUUUAAGUCUCCUGACUCUGGGUUCCGUGUUCUUUUCGCCAACCCACACAUUCUCUAUCCCAGGACUUCAUUCUACUUAGUGCAGGUCCUUGUUACCCCACACACCAUCUCCACCCUCAUCCCACCCCAUCCUCAGACAAACUAGGGAAAUUCCUAAGUAAUCUUCCUGCUUCCAGGUCCUUGCUUUUCCAAACCAGCCCCCAUGCACCAGUCAUGUUUCUAAAACCGCAGUGUGCACACAUCACGCCUUAACUCAAGCAUCUUUAGUGGCUCCCGACUGCCCAUGUCCUUAACCUGGCAUUCAAGACCCAGCCUUCCUUCCAGUAACUCCCCUAAAUGUCAUCUCCCCGAAGGUGGUUUUACUCAAGGUACCCCUAGACUUCCUGGCCAGAGUAGAGGGACCGAGCUGUGGUAAGAGCUGACUGCCCAGAGAAUCUGCUUGGGCCCCAGGAGGAGUAGCUCAUUGUCUGCCUUUCCCAUGGACGGCCACUUUGCUCCCGAGUUGACCUUGUUGAGGGCAAUGCCUCCUGACAGGGUAAGAAAGGCAAGGUCACCUUUUUAGAAGCUAUAUCCCUUUGGUUCCUCUUAUGUCCUGCAUCCAGACUAACCUUGCUAAAACAUAAGACUUUCAUGUCCCUGUUCAAAGCUAUUCCCUGGCUCCCCAGUGCCCAUGAGCUAGAACCUGAAUACCUUGGCAUGGCCCCCAGGACCCAUACAUUCUGGGUCCUGCCCCCUUCUUGUCCUCCCUCUAUCCCCAUCCCACUUCACAUGCCACAGCCACAUGGCUGAGCCCUCCUCCUCCAGCAUGUCAAGCUUGAUAUCUGCUGUCCCUCAGUCUGGAAAGCUUCCUUGGCCCACCCCCCCUCUAUCUCUUUGCCCUGAAGGCCCCAGAUCCCACUGCUGUGCUCCCACUGUACUCUGUAUGUCCCAUACUGAGCACCUGUCACUCUGAACUACACUUGUCCCUCUACCAAACUGUAAAUUCUAUAAGGCAGGGGCUGAAUCCCUCUUGCCCGUGACUGUGGCUCCCACUCUCAGAACAGAGCUUGGCACUGAGCAGGUGCUCAGCUCUUACCUGCAGAAUGAGUAGUGAAUGAGGCCACAGCAAUUCAUAAGUACUAGUUCUCAGUGUGAACAAAGGGCACUGGGUUUGUUUUUUGUUUUUUACUUUAUAGCAGAACUAUGAAGAAAAUUCAUGCAUAAUAUAAAAGCAUAGAAGGAAGAGCACAGAAGCUAGGCCAACACUUCCUUAGAUCCUCAAUUACCUUAUUCUGUACAAUGGAAAUAAAUAACUUGUGCCUGCCCUACCUUACAGAGGUGUCUUGAGGGUCAAAUGAGAGAAUGUGAAGAUACUUUUCAAAUUGUAAAACAUGGUACAGAUAUGAGGGAAGGGUUCUCAUUAUUUUUGUUUGAAAGUUACUGAUAGUGAUGACUGGUGGGUAUAUAGUAAUUGUUGAAAGAAAAAUGGAAGGGAGGGAGGGAGGAAGAUGUGUGAACCAAGCAUUUAUUGAAUCAUUUCUAGAACCCAACACUGCCAGUCUCUUGGGGAAACAAAAUUGAGUCAGAUGUGGUCUGUGUCCUCAAGGAGCUCUCAAAAGUCAGCCCUGGAAGUUUAUCAUCCAGGGAAUUUAGCAAAAUGCCAAUGACCACCCCAGACCCUUUGUAUCAGAAUCUCUUACUCACUUGUGAGAGUGGCAGAGCUGGGAUUUGAACCCAGACCUAUGUGACUCCAGAACCAGAGAUCCUGACCUCUGCUUGCUGGCCAGGGACAGGGGGUAGUUUUUCAACAGCUUUGUGUUGUCAAAGGACCCCAAAGGCUGCAUUUUGCUUUCCCAAAGGGUGGCUAGCCAAGCCCCUAUGUGACCCCUCCCUAGAUUUCCCCACCUCCCCAGAGACCACCCCUAGGCCAGCUCCUCACCUGUUUGCCUGGAUGCUCUUUCUCAGGAGGACGAUGCUUAUCACAAUCACCACACCCACCAGGGCAAAGAUGGAAUAAUUCCAAGGAGAUGCUGGGGAAGGACACACAGAAUGGAGCCUUGAGGAGAGGCUGGGUGCCCCUCAGGCCCACCAACAGUUGGGGCUUGGGCUCAGCCUCAGCUCACAGCACUAAUCGUCCUCUGCUGUAGGCCGGGUGUUGUAGAGAGACCCCUGCCCUGCAGGAACUCAGUUGUGGGGGAGAGAGACUGGGAGGCAUGAUUUCUGCUCUACAGAAGCCCUAAUCUAAAGAGGGACAGCACGGCAGUUGGAUAAUCGUGUGGAAAGCGGGGUGUGGGUGGACAUAAACUUCACACUCUUCAGAGUUGUGCCAGAGGCCAGCCCUGUGCAGUGCGAGGAAAGGAAGGAAGGAAAGGAGGCUGGGGGUGGGAAGGAAGGGAUGGCUGUAAAACUGUUCCACAACUGCCGAAAGAGAACACCUGAAGUGGCUAAUCUGAAUUUGGAUAAUAAGAUCUGUCCACACAGUGCCAAAGUGAGGCAGAGUCCAGCCUCAAAGCUAUUGCAUUAGCUGUUCCCCUGCCAGGAAUGUUCUUCCCACACAUAAUCUGCGUGGCUAAUCAUUUCAUCUCCUAUAAGCCUUUAUGCAAACAAGAGCAUCUUAGUGAGGCCUUCCUUGACCAUAGUACCUACACUUCUAUUCCCUUUCUGUGCUUAGUUUUUCUCCUUAUUACUCAUCACCAACAUACUAUGCAUUUUACUUGUGUGUCUGGUUUCUUUUCUCUUUCAUUAGAAUGUAUGCUCCAUGAGGGCAUGGACAUUUGUGCUUUAUUCACUGCUGUAACCUCAGUGCUGAGAACAGUGCUUGCUGCACAGAAGGAACUUAAUAAAUACUUGUGAACGAUUGAAUAAAUGAGUGAAUGAAUGACCACACCCCAAGGAGAGGAGGGUGCGGGUAGGCCAGACCCCUUGGGGAAUUAAGACCCCUCAGCCUCGGUCCCCACCUUGGAGGACAUGUGCAGCCUGAAGGAUGAGGCUGUGUCAGGGGGCUUCAGCCAGAUUCCACUCUGUGUUGAGGACAGACCCCCACCCCCCACCAGUCCCCCACCACUUACCAUCUUCUACUCGAAAAAACCAAAGCAUUUCUUCCAGCAGUUCCUGAGGCACCACGGUGCCAGCUGGAGCUUGGAUGACCCCGUCAUUGUGGUCCAUGCCCCUGUUCACGGUUGGGAUACGUUUCUGACAAUGAAAUCCUUAGGCCCCUUUGUUCCCAAGCUGCCCACCUGGCCUCCUAGGUUCUGGCCCUUUAGCAAAGCCCUGAAGACCCCUGGAAACAAAGCAGAGAGCAUGGAUGGAUACCCCACCCCAGUUUGACCUCCCUUACUACCCUAACCCAGCUCUCCUCUGGCUCAGAGUUACUGGACCAAGACUGCCUCAGGGCAGGUAGGGUCUGGAGAGGCAGAAACCAUUGAAGCGGGUGACACUCAAAUAUUUAUUGAGACUCAUCAUGUGUGGAGAGGAGCACUGACCUGGGAGUAAGGAGGAUUGAGUCGCUGGCAGGUUGUAAGGGACAUUUUUCAUUUUUGCCUGCCCAGCAUCCCCAUCCAGCUUCUGCUGCCCAACGCACUAGGUCACCCGGGUUUCUUAGCAAAUUGUCCCACCUCUCACCAUUGAUGCCAUGUAAUAGCCUAUCACAGGCUCCUGUCUCCCCACAAAGCCUGGGCCUAUCAGCCUCUCUUCUGGAGACCUGAGACACAGAGCUGAGAAUAGGAAAAAGUGCCAGAGAAAGGUAGUCGCCAGCUCCUGCUACUGAAAGCUGGGCUCUCCUCUUUCUCCAUCACCAUUCCUAGGCCAGAUUGGUCAGUCCUCAGCAAACCUCUGAUAACUUUUUUUUUCUUUCUCUUUUUUCUUUUUCUUUUUUUUGGACAUGUUGUCAGAAUUGUUUUUCUGCCAUUUGCAACAGAAAAAACUGAACUCAUGCUCCCUGGAUAAACCCCUUCCUUAAUUUGAGCCUGUUUCCAUUCCCACAAAACAAAACAGGUUAAGCUAAUUGUGUUUACCAAACCUCAGUCAGCCUCAAAACAGUCACACAUCGUGCUUGACAUAUUCUUGUACUACCUAUGCUAUUACUGCUUCUUACAAAAAUUCCCACUCUCCAGAUUAAAAUAAGAAAUAGGUGCAAUUAACUUUGUUUAAUCCAACAUAUUUUGUUUAAUCCAACAUAUCCCCAAAAGUACCAUUUCAAUGUAAUCAAUAUAAAAAUGGUUGAGAUAUUUUGCAUUUUUUUGUACCAGGUCUUUGAAAUUGGGUGUAAAUUUUACACUUAUUGCAUGUCUCAGUUCUGACUAGACACAUGAGGUUUCUGUAUGAUACAUCCCAGGUCUGUGCCCAGGCUGGGGCCCGGCUGUGGCAGCUGAUUCUCCCAGCUGUUCUGGGCUCCUGACAGGAGGCCUCAGGCCAUGGGAAGUGAGCCUUGAUCUAAGACCAAGGGGCUGGCCCCUCAUCUGGCUCUGCCUCUGGUUAAUUUGUCUAGGCAAAUCCCUGGGUCCUCUGAAGAACAAAAAAGGAAAUACUAAAAAUAGAGGUAGAAAUCAAUGAAAUCAAGGCAGGGGGGAAUUGACAAGAUGAACAAAACCAAAAACCUGUUUUUUAAAAAUAUAUUUAUAAAUAAAUCUCUGGCAAGAUUGAUCCAGAAAAAGAGAAAAGAUACAAAUAGAACCAAAGUUAGACCAGAGAUUUAAAUAUAUAGAAAUGUGUUUUGAACCUGGGGCACCUGGCAUCCAACUCUUGAUUUUGGCUCAGGUCAUGAUCUCAUGGUUCAUGAGUUCAAGCCCUGUGUGGGGGUCUGUGCUGACAGUGCAGAGCCUGCUUGGGAUUCUCUCUCUCCCUCUCUCUCUCCCCCUCCCCUGUUCUCUCACUCUCUCUCAAAUAAUUUUUUAAAUGUAUUUUGAACUAUAUACUAAUAAACUUGACAAACCAGAAAUGGAUGAAUUUCUAGAAAAAUAGAAAAUGUCAAAACUAGACAAGAUACUUGAAACUCUCAGAAAAAUAAAGUCCAGGUUUAGAUGGCUUUAAUUGUGAGUUCUAAUAAACUCUCAAUAAGCAGAUAAUUCUUACUUUAAAUGAGUUGUCCCCCAAAAUGAACAGCACCAAUUGGAUUGUUCUUUUAACACUGGUUUCAAAACUACAUGAAGACCAUGCAAAAAGAAAAGAUGAUAGGCCCACUCACUUAUGAAAGUAGAUGAAAAAAUCCAAAAUAAAGUACUAAUUGCUCAAAUUCAACAAUGUAUUAAGAAAAUCAUUACCAAGGAAGCUUAAUACCAGGAAUGGAAGGACAGUUUGACAUUAGAAGCUUGUAUGAUACAACUUUUAUGUGGAUUCUAAAAAAAAGACUUAGGGGCACCUGGGUGACUCAGUCAGUUAAGUGCCUGACUCUUGGUUUUGGCUCAGGUCAUGAUCUCAUGGUUUGUGAGAUUGAGCACCGGGUUGGGCUCCAUGCUAGGCAUGGAGCCUGCCUGGGAUUCUCUCUCUCCCUCUCUCUCUCUCUCUCUCUCUUUGCCCCAUCUUGCUCAUGUUCUCUCUCUCUCUCUCUCAAAAUAAAGAACUUAAAAAAAUGAAUAAAAAUAAAAAUAAAAAAUAAAAAAAAUUUAAAAAGUCAAACUUGUAAAAAAUGGAGGGAAAUGGUAGUUGCCAGGAAAUGUUGGGGGGGAGAUAAGCUUUAUAUUAUUUAAGGGUACAAACUUGCAACUAGUAGUACAUAAGCCAUAGUGAUCUAAUGCAUAAAAUAGACAAUAAUAUUAUGCUAUAAUUAUGUAAUGUGAUAAAUACAAUUACAAAGACAAUCAUAUUACAAUAUAUAAAUGUAUCAAACUAAUGUACACAUGAAAUUUACACAAUAUUAUAUGUAAUGUAGAUUCAAUUAAAUACAUGAAUACAUAAAUAAAGUGUAAAAUUUGAUAGGAAAGAUGUAAAACUCAUAAUUCUCAGAUGACAAGAUCAUCUACUUAGAAAGACACACAAUUAGAACUAAUAGAAGCAUUUACUAAAGUUGCUAUAUACAAGUUCAGUAGCAUUUCUCACAAUAUUAGUGAAAUUGGAAAAUUCAAUAAAAAUGAGACGCCACUCAUAAUAGCAUCAAAGCCAUAAAGCAUCUAGAUAAACUUUUCCAAGCAUAGAAAAGACCUCUAUGAAGAAAAUUAAAACUGUAGGACAAAAAAAAAAGUUGGUCUGAAUAAAUGGAGAGACAUCUAUGAUUUUGGAAAGGAUAAAUAUAUUAUGAACAUGUCAAUUAUCCCCAAGUUAAUCUAUUAAUCCAAUACAAUUUCAAUCAAAAUUCUAGUUGGACUUUUUGAGGAUCUUGAUAAACUUAUUCUAACAUUUAUAUGGAAAAAGUAAACAUAUAAAAGUAGCUAAGUCAA